AUUACGCUAAUCUACAAAUAAAAUCAGCUUUGAUAUAAGCACUCCAUUGAACCCGAAGUUAAAAACGGUUCUUCGUACCAGUCGGAAAACCCAGAACUUCCCUUCCCGCCAAAAUUAGUAGUGCAAACAGUGCAAAACACAUAUAAUGUCCACCCCCUCAAAUUACUAUUGCUCCUUGCUAAAAUUCUUCUGCGAAAAUCAAAACCAGACCCAGGCCAAGAGGCUUCAUUGCCACAUAAUCAAGAACGUAACGAAUCCAGAACCUUUUCUAUAUAAUAACCUCAUAAACGCGUAUGGUAAACUAGGCAACCUAACGUAUGCACGCCGCUUGUUCGAUGAAAUGCCCAUUCCAAAUCAUUUUUCGUGGAAUACCAUCCUUUCCGUUUAUUCAAAAUCUGGGCAUCUCUCAGAAAUGCAAGAAAUCUUCAACCGCAUGCCAAGCAGAGAUGGGGUCUCAUGGAACUCUUUAAUUUCGGGGUAUGCCGGUUACGGUUUGGUUACUAAGGCUGUUAAGGCUUAUAACUUCAUGUUGAGAGAUGGAGUUGUUCAUUUGAAUAGGAUUACAUUUUCGACCAUGCUUGUAUUGGCAUCGAGUCAAGGGUGUAUUGAUUUGGGUAGGCAGAUUCAUGGGCAAAUAAAGAAAUUUGGGUAUGCAGCUUAUGUUUUCGUGGGUAGUCCUUUGGUGGAUAUGUAUGCAAAGAUGGGUUUAAUUUAUGAGGCAAAGCAAGUUUUUGAUGAGAUGCCAGAGAAGAAUGUGGUACUGCAUAACACAAUGAUCACGGGGCUGUUGCGAUGUGGGAUGGUAGAGGAUUCAAAGAGGCUGUUUCAGGGUAUGAAGGAAACAGAUUCCAUUUCAUGGACAACAAUGAUUACAGGGCUUGUACAAAAUGGAUUGGAGAGAGAAGCUAUUGAUUUGUUUGGACAGAUGAAGCUAGAAGGGCUGUCUAUGGAUCAGUAUACAUUUGGCAGUGUGUUGACUGCUUGUGGGGGUCUUACUGCCUUAGAAGAGGGUAAACAGGUUCAUGCCUUCAUAAUUCGGAGUGAUUAUAAGGAUAACAUCUUUGUGGGUAGUGCGCUUGUUGACAUGUACUGCAAAUGUAAAAUUAUCCGAUAUGCAGAAGCAGUUUUUAAGAGAAUGACACGUAAGAAUGUUGUAACAUGGACUGCAAUGUUAGUGGGUUAUGGCCAGAAUGGCUUCAGUGAAGAAGCUGUCAGGGUUUUCUGUGACAUGCAGAGAAAUGGAAUUGAGCCAGAUUAUUUUACUCUAGCAAGUGUAAUAAGCUCAUGUGCAAACCUGGCUAGCCUAGAAGAGGGUGCCCAAUUUCAUUGUCGAGCCAUAGUUUCUGGUUUGAUUUCUUUUAUAACAGUCUCCAAUGCGCUUAUUACUUUUUAUGGUAAAUGUGGAAGCCCUGAAGAUUCCAGUCGCUUGUUCAAUGAGAUGAACUUCAGGGAUGAAGUCUCUUGGACAGCACUGGUUUCAGGAUAUGCACAAUUUGGAAAAGCCAAUGAGACAAUUGCAUUGUUUGAAAGAAUGCUGGCCCAUGGUUUAAAACCUGAUGCAGUUACAUUCAUAGGGGUUCUUUCAGCUUGCAGCAGAGCGGGAUUGGUGGAGAGAGGACAGCAGUAUUUUGAAUCAAUGUCAAAAGAACAUGGAGUCAUUCCUGCUCCUGAUCACUACACUUGCAUGAUUGACCUUUUCAGUCGGGCUGGAAAGUUAGAAGAAGCCAAAAGUUUUAUUAAUAAGAUGCCUUUCCAUCCUGAUGCAAUUGGUUGGUCCACUUUGCUGAGCUCAUGCAGGCUUUAUGGUAACUUGGACAUUGGGAAAUGGGCAGCUCAGUCUCUAUUGGAACUAGAGCCCCAGAACCCUGCAGGUUAUAUCUUGCUUUCAAGCAUCUACGCUGCUAAUGGAAAAUGGAAUCAUGUUGCCCAAUUGAGGAGAGGAAUGAGAGAAAAGGGAGCCAGAAAGGAACCGGGAUGUAGUUGGAUCAAAUAUAAGAAUAAAGUUCAUAUUUUCUCGGCAGAUGACUGCUCAAGUCCAUUUUGUGAUCAGAUAUAUGCUGAGCUGGAUAAGUUAAAUGAAAAAAUGAUAGAAGAGGGGUAUGUGCCAGAUGCUAGUUCAGUUCUCCAUAAUGUUGAGGAGUCAGCAAAGAUACAGAUGCUUAACUAUCAUAGUGAGAAGCUUGCAAUUGCCUUUGGGUUGAUAUUUAUCCCUCGUGGCCUUCCCAUACGAGUAGUUAAAAAUCUUAGGGUAUGUGGUGAUUGUCACAACGCCACUAAAUAUAUUUCUAAGAUAACUCAAAGAGAAAUACUCGUAAGAGACACUGCUCGGUUCCAUCUUUUCAAAGAUGGAAAAUGUUCAUGUGGAGAUUUCUGGUGAUAUGUCUCUCCUACCAUCCAAAGCUGUUGAGGAUGAUAUUAAAGCCUAGUAUCACCUAGAGGAGUAACCAAGAUCUUUGAUUUCAUGGAUAGUAAAGAGGGCAUUAUGCAGUCACACAUUACAGGGUGCUUUUUCUUGCUGGAUCGAUAAUCCUGGAAGAAUAUCUUAAUGUUAAAACAAAAUGAGAAUUUGAUGUGGGAAUCUCCUUGGUUAAAAAUGUUGGUACAAUUGCAUUCUGAAGGUGUCCUAGACUGAAACCCUGGCAGCAACUAUCUAUAGAAUGUGCAGAAGAUCACACAGGAACAGGAUCGUUUUGUCUUUCCUGAAUUACAAAGAACAGAAAUAUAAUAAAAGGCGAAUCUGAAGAAUGUAUGGAUAAUUAGGACAAACUUCUUUUAUUCCUGUGAUAUUUUGAUGGACUUCUCUUGACUUUGCUGCUGGUUCUGCAUCAGAAGUAGAAAAGUUGUUUGAAGUAAAUGCAUAUUGGAUAGCAACUCAUUAAAGGGCUGGGGGAAGCUGACAAGAAUUACCUGCAACUUUCUGCAAAUCUCAAUUACUUCAGCUAGAGGAGCCCAAUCGCCAAAAUUCCUUUCAAUAAACUGUUCUCCACCACCAAGAGCUUUGAAGAACUGCCUAUCCCGAUCGUAGAGUAUAACACCACCCCAAUAUCGGGGCCAGAAGUCUUUCACCUGCAUGACAAAAGUAGCAGUGACACAUUAGACAAAGGAGUUUAUUAAAUGAUAAGGAGUUGACAGUUCAGUAGAUACCUCUGACUCUAUAUAUUCAUGAAGAACUGCAAUUAACUGAAUUCCUAGCGCAUCAAAUAUGGGCUUCUUAGUAUACAGCUGGUGAGCUUCGGCUCUGCACAUGAUGCAUCUGUUUUGUAAUUCAAGAAAUACAAAGGAAAUAAUGUCAAUUUCACCCAUUUAAUGGAUAUCUGACCAAGCUUGAAAGUUGA